AUGAUCAAUAUCGCACUGGCCCUUGCAGCUCUUUCUGUUUUACCCCAGGCAGCUCAAGCUCUCUACGAGAAUGGCUCUGUCAUUGCCCCAUGUGACUCACCCAUCUACUGUCAUGGCGAAAUAUUGAAGGAGAUAGAGCUGGCGAGACCCUUCUCUGACUCGAAGACAUUUGUGGAUAUGCCUGCUACCAAAUCCUUGGAAGCUAUCCAAGCCGCCUUCAACAAACUAGCAAAGCCACUAAGCAACAACACCGAGCUCAACGACUUCCUGCUCGACAACUUCGCUCAGGCAGGCAACGAGCUCAAAGAAGUUCCGAAGGAGCAGUUGAUAACGGACCCGAAGUUUCUCAACAACAUCAACGACACUGUAAUCAAGGAGUUCUCCCAAAAGGUUAUCGACAUUUGGCCCGACCUCACCCGCACCUACGUCGGAUCGGGCGGCAACACUUCGUUUCCCAACAGUUUUAUUCCAGUUAAUCGAACAUUUGUGGUUGCUGGAGGGCGAUUCCGUGAGCCUUAUUACUGGGACAGCUAUUGGAUUCUUGAGGGGCUAUUGCGAACAGGUGGUGCCUUUACCGAAAUAUCCAAGAACACCAUUGAAAACUUCCUCGACUUUGUGGAAAACUUUGGCUUUGUGCCUAACGGAGCUCGUGUCUACUACUUGAAUCGCUCACAGCCUCCGUUGUUGGCGCAAAUGGUGCGCCUGUAUGUGGAGUACACCAACGACAGGAGCAUUCUCGACCGGGCAGUUCCGCUUUUGAUCAAAGAACAUGAGUUCUGGACCACCAACCGAACUGUUGAAGUCCGGAAGGAUGGCAAUACCUACAUUUUGAGCCGGUACGACGUGGCCAACACGCAACCCCGCCCUGAAUCUUACCGAGAAGACUACACUACUGCUACAAACAGCUCAUACUACUCAACAAGCGGGAUAAUAUACCCAGAAGUUGAGACUCUGAACGAGACCGAAAAGGCUCGUUUAUACGCCAACUUGGCCUCCGGUGCCGAAAGUGGCUGGGAUUACAGUUCUCGCUGGAUUGCUAGACCUGCGGAUGCGAAGAGGGAUGUUUACUUCCCUUUGCGGUCUUUGAACAUUCUCGAAACCGUGCCGGUGGAUCUCAAUGCCAUCAUGUACUGGAAUGAGAUAACCAUUGCGGCAUUUUUAACCUCUACAGGCAACGGCACUGGAGCGGCUUCUUGGACUCAACAGGCACACAAACGUAGCGAUGCGAUGUAUAACCUGAUGUGGAACUCGACUUUGUCCAGUUACUUUGACUACAAUAUCACUGCGGGGGCGCAAAACAUCUUCAUCCCUAGAGAUGACGAUGCUAGCGAUGUCGAAACUAACACUGCUGGUUCGGAGCAGCAAGUCGUCUUCUCAGUUGCUCAAUUUUAUCCUUUCUGGACGGGAGCCGCGCCAGAUCACCUCAAGAACAACCCUUACGCUGUGAAGGAGGCAUUCGAGCGCGUGGAGAAGUAUCUGGACAAUAAAAAGGGUGGCAUCCCGGCCACAAAUCUUGUGACCGGACAACAGUGGGAUCAGCCGAAUGUCUGGCCACCGCUGAUGCACAUUCUCAUGGAAGGAUUGCGUAAAACGCCCGCUACCUUUGGCGAAUCAGACCCCUCAUGGCGCGACGUUCAAAGCCUUGCCCUUCGUCUCGGACAACGUUAUUUGGACUCGACCUUUUGCACAUGGUAUGCAACAGGAGGCUCCACAAGCGAGACCCCCCAAUUGCAGGGGCUGUCCUCCCAAAACGUGGGCACCAUGUUCGAGAAAUACGGCGACAACGCAACCAAUGUCGCCGGAGGUGGAGGGGAGUACGAGGUGGUCGAAGGCUUCGGCUGGACGAACGGCGUUCUGAUCUGGGCUGUCGAUGUGUUUGGAAACGACUUGAAGCGGCCAGACUGUGGAAAUAUCACAGCGGCAAGCGUCCACCCCGGAAAGAGGAGCUUGCCUCAACGAGCUGUUGAGUUGAACUACUACGAUGCAUCCUGGACUAAGAGGUUUGGCAGGCGUGCCUUGGAGGCGAAGGACAAGUCAUGA